AGUCAGAGGAGGAGGUGAGGCAAUCAGACGACUAGGGACCUGGCCUACAUUCCUUCGCAAAGUCAGCCCAAUGGCCUUCUUUCCUUCCCCGCCGUGACCACUCCCCUGGGCCGGCUUCCCCUCGCUGCCCGCAAACAGCCCGGCCUCAGGAGCCAGCCUGCAUUCCUGCGAACGCUGGGUGCAGCUCCCCGCUUCUCAGGAGGAAAGCUCUCUUGGAAGAGCGGGAAAGGUGCCCGACUCCGGCCAUGCUGGCGCCGGCGCUGCUGUGUGCCUACCUGCUGCUGGCUGCCCGCGCCUCGCGCGCCUGGUCCGACCCGGACCCGGAGGAGCCCGGCUCCAGCACGGCGGCGCAGAUCCGCGACAUGCACGAGAAAGUGACGGCGAUCUGGCAGGAGAUGACGCAGCGGCAGGCGGCGGGCGACCGCCCGGACGCCGCGCUCCACGCCGCCUGCCGGGUGCAGCCGUCGGCCACGCUGGACGCGGCGCAGCCCCGGGUGAGCGGCCUCGUGCUCUUCCGGCAGCAGGUGCCCGGCGCCCGGCUCGAGGCCUUCUUCGACCUGGAGGGCUUCCCGGCCGAGCCCAACAACUCCAGCCGCGCCAUCCACGUGCACCAGUUCGGGGACCUGAGCCAGGGCUGCGACUCCACCGGCGCGCACUACAACCCGCGGGCCGUGCCGCACCCGCAGCACCCGGGCGACUUCGGCAACUUCGCCGUGCGCGACGGCCGCCUCUGGAAGUACCGCGGCGGCCUGGCCGCCUCGCUCUUCGGCCCGCACUCGAUCGUGGGCCGCGCCGUGGUGGUCCACGCGGGCGAGGACGACCUGGGCCGCGGCGGCAACGCGGCCAGCGUGGAGAACGGCAACGCGGGCCCCCGGCUCGCCUGCUGCGUGGUGGGCGUGUGCGGGCCGCUGCCCUGGGCGCGCCAGGCGCAGGAGCACGCCGAGCGCCGGAAGCGGCGGCGGGACAGCGAGUGCAAGGCCGUCUGAGCGCGCCCCCCGCCCGGGGCGGGGC